AUGGCUAAACACCAAAGUUUCUUCAUCUUGUUCAUCACAUUUUAUAUUAUACUUUUAGUUGAAGCAUAUGAAUCUAACGAAGGAAGUUUGCAAGCCCAUGGAUGGAAACAUGCACGCGCUACAUUUUAUGGUGACAUGAGUGGUGGUGAAACUAUGCAAGGAGCUUGUGGUUAUGGAGACUUAUUCAAGCAAGGGUAUGGCCUGGAAACAGCGGCACUCAGCACAGCACUCUUUAACAAUGGAGCUACCUGUGGAGCUUGCUUUCAAAUAAUGUGUGUGAAUGAUCGUAAAGCAUGCCAUCCAGGCCGAAUCAUAACUAUAACAGCCACUAAUUUCUGCCCUCCAAAUUACACAAAAACUCAAGACAUUUGGUGCAAUCCUCCACAACAUCACUUUGAUCUGUCAUUGCCUCUGUUCUUACAGAUUGCAGAGUACAAAGCAGGGGUUGUACCAGUCGUUUACAGAAGGGUCUCUUGCCAGAAAAAAGGAGGUCUAAAGUUUGAGAUCAAAGGGAAUCCUAAUUGGAUUAUUGUUCUUGUUUUCAAUGUGGGUGGUGUUGGUGAUGUUGUUAAUGUCAAAAUCAAAGGAUCUAAGACGGGAUGGGUGCCGAUGAGGCGGAAUUGGGGACAAAGAUGGGAUGUUUCUGAGCCUUUGCUAGGACAGAGCUUGUCUUUCCAAGUACAAACUAGCGAUGGCAAAUGGGUUCAAUCUGAUAAUGUUGCUCCUCGUGAUUGGCAAUUUGGACAAAUGUUCGAAGCAAACCAUAAUUUUUGGUGAUUUUGGAAAAUUUUUUUAUUUAAAGAAGUGUUUUUUUUUUCCGAAUAAAAUUUUGUUAUCUUUGAGUGAACAUUGGAAAUUAUGAUCAUUUUGUUACUGUGUUUUUUUCUCUCCUAAUAAUAUACUACAGUUGAUCUGCGUGAGAAGAAAGAUGAUAAUGAACUUAAAAAAGAACAUAAUGUAGCAUUUAUAAAGGGAAAAAAUGAAAUAUAUAUAUUGAUUUAACAAUAUUGAACUUUGAAAAUAAACUUUUAUAUGUGUCCACAUGAUAUAUUUAUUGUAUAAUUAUAAACAAUAAUGUCUCUACGUGGCACAUUAAAUAGUAUAGGGGGUAAAAAAGAAAUAAGAUGUUUUCUAUGAAAUUUGAUAUCGUAACAAACAAUUUUAAGUCAAAAUUUCCCUUUAAAAACCUUAAAAAAUAUGGAGCAAAGGUAAUAAAUCUCUAUCACCAGCUUCUUCUUUUUUUUUUUUUUUUUGAGUUUUUAUCCAGUACCUAUGUUUUUAUCCGUAUUAAAAUUUCAUUCAACAUUAUUUAACUCUAAAUACUUUUUUUUUGGUUGAAUAUAUUUGCGUUUAGGAGAUUAUGAAAACUAAUGCAAUUACCAAUAUUUUUUUAGUAGUUUGAUGCCAAGAAAUUAUAGUGGGAAAAUAUGUUUGUUUUUUGUUUUGUUUAGGAUAAUAAUAACUUUAUAAAAUGAGCAUUCAUGCGAAGCAAAGAAUGGGCCAAUUUACUAAAUAUUAGAGGAAUUUCACUUUUAAAAAUCAAGGCUUAAGUUUGUAUGGAUAGAUAUUUCACUUUAGAAAAGUUCAGGGGUAAUAGAAUCCUCAUAAAGAAUAAGUGUGUAGUUGAGAAUUUGGUGAUAGCUUGGAGGGACUUUUGACUAUUUCCUCUUUUCUAUUUGCUCAGGUUUUUAGAAUCCCCCUAUUUUCUCACAUAAAUAGAUUUUAAUUAAUCAAAUUUAAGAAAGAGAAAGAUACAUUUUUGUAAUUGUAAUUUACACCCCAUAAUUGUUUCCUCACAUUAAGGCUAUAAUAGUUGCAGACAUAGUUUACAAUUUCUAAAUCCAGAACUAAUUGCUUUUCAUCCGCCAAAAUUUUAAAU